CUCGGCGCCGGUCAAACACCACGAACGCUACUCGAACGACGAGCUUUCCUCACCUCUUUUCUCUUUUCCCACCAACAAAAGACAACAGAAACAUCAGCAAAUAUGCCUAAGAAGCGCCAGUCUAACGGACGUAACAAGAAGGGUCGUGGACACGUUGGAUUCGUCCGAUGCUCCAACUGUGCUCGCUGCACUCCUAAGGACAAGAGCAUAAAGAGAUUCACCAUCCGAAACAUCGUCGAGAGCGCCGCCAUCCGUGAUAUCUCUGACGCCUCGGUCUACUCGGAGUACGCUCUUCCCAAGCUCUACCUCAAGCUCCACUACUGUGUUUCGUGCGCUAUCCACAGCAAGAUUGUCCGUGUUCGCUCGCGGGAGGGACGUCGUAUCCGUACUCCCCCUGUCCGUGUCCGCUACAACCGCGUAUGUAUCCCUUCCUCUCAAGUUUGAAUAUAGUGAGGCAAGUACUAAUAAGAGAAUACAGGACGGAAAGAAGAUCACUCCCCA